AUGGAAAAAGAAGAAAAUUUUAAAUUUAAAAAAGAUGAAAAAAUAAACCUAAACUCGUAUGUAAUACCGCAACAUUUCGAGGAAGUCCUAUCUGAAUUUAUAGCGAAAUUAAUACAGAGUCAUCCAGAUAAUGCUUGCCUUUUUGCCAUUAAUUAUUUUAGUGAAAAAUUGAAGGAAUGUAAUUGA